CGGCUGGGCUCGCUCUAGUCAGCGGGCGAGGGAGCGAGCGAGCGAGUGAGAGAGUGUCUUUUAAAGAUGGCCGGAGCGGCGGCGGCGGUGGCCGCCGGAGCAGCCGCCGAAGCAGCCCCAGCCGCGGUGGCCGUGGCGGCCCCGGGUCGGGCCUCGGCGGCGCCGCCUCCGCCGCCCGUGUACUGUGUGUGCCGGCAGCCGUACGACGUGAACCGCUUCAUGAUCGAGUGCGAUAUCUGUAAGGACUGGUUCCAUGGCAGCUGUGUUAGAGUAGAAGAACAUCAUGCUGUUGAUAUUGACCUAUAUCACUGUCCCAACUGUGCAGUUCUCCAUGGAUCUUCCUUAAUGAAAAAGAGGAGGAACUGGCAUAGACAUGACUACACAGAGAAUGAUGAUGGUUCCAAACCAGUACAAGCUGGGACACGAACUUUUGUGAAGGAAUUACGUGCUCGGGUCUUCCCAAGUGCUGAUGAAAUCAUUGUAAAGAUGAAUGGUAGCCAGCUGACACAGAGAUACCUGGAGAAACAUGGAUUUGAUGUGCCAAUUAUGGUUCCCAAAAUAGAUGACCUAGGACUCAGGCUCCCUCCACCAACUUUUUCUGUUAUGGAUGUGGAACGUUAUGUAGGUGGUGACAAAGUAAUAGAUGUCAUUGAUGUGGCAAGGCAGGCAGACAGUAAAAUGAAGCUUCACAACUAUGUUAAAUACUUCAUGAAUCCUAACCGUCCAAAGGUGUUAAAUGUGAUCAGCCUUGAAUUUUCAGACACAAAGAUGUCAGAAUUGGUGGAAGUUCCUGAUAUAGCCCGAAAACUUUCUUGGGUUGAAAAUUACUGGCCAGACGACUCAGUCUUCCCUAAGCCAUUUGUUCAGAAAUAUUGUUUAAUGGGAGUUCAAGACAGUUAUACAGACUUUCACAUUGACUUUGGUGGCACUUCAGUCUGGUACCAUGUUCUCUGGGGUGAAAAGAUUUUUUAUUUGAUAAAGCCAACAGAUGAAAAUUUAGCGCUUUAUGAAUCCUGGAGUUCAUCUGUCACCCAAAGUGAAGUGUACUUUGGUGAAAAAGUGGAUAAAUGCUACAAGUGUGUUGUGAAGCAGGGCCAUACCCUAUUUGUUCCAACAGGGUGGAUUCAUGCUGUGCUCACAUCUCAGGACUGUAUGGCUUUUGGAGGGAACUUUCUGCACAACCUUAAUAUUGGCAUGCAGCUCAGGUGUUAUGAGAUGGAGAAAAGGCUAAAAACACCUGAUCUCUUCAAAUUCCCUUUCUUUGAAGCCAUAUGUUGGUUUGUAGCCAAAAAUCUUCUGGAAACUUUGAAAGAAUUGAGAGAAGACGGUUUCCAGCCCCCAAAUUACCUAGUGCAGGGAGUCAAGGCAUUGCAUACUGCUUUAAAAUUAUGGAUGAAAAAAGAACUUGUAUCAGAACAUGCCUUUGAAAUUCCAGACAACGUUAGACCGGGACAUCUCAUUAAAGAACUUUCUAAAGUAAUUCGUUCAAUAGAGGAGGAAAACAGUAAGCCAGUCAAAUCUCAGGGAAUCCUUACUACAUGCCCAGUUUCACGAUCUUCAAAUGAAGUAUCCUCCCCAUACCAUUCCAGACGAAAAAUGAGGAAACUUCGAGAUCAUAAUGUUAGAACUCCUUCUAACCUGGACAUCUUAGAACUCCACACAAGAGAGGUGCUCAAAAGAUUAGAGAUGUGCCCAUGGGAAGAGGACAUCUUGAGCUCUAAAUUGAAUGGAAGAUUCAACAAACCCCUCCAGCCGUCUUCUACAGUACCGGAAUGGAGAACAAAAGAUAAUGACCUCCGAUUGCUGCUGACAAAUGGAAAAAUAAUUAAAGAUGAAAGACAACCCUUCACAGAUCGAAGUCUAUAUACAGCAGACAGUGAGAAUGAGGAUUACAUGGAGAGGUCAAAAAAGUCAAAGAGCCUAAAGAUAGAACAGAUUUCAGAAGGACAGGGGAAUAUAGAACCUCAGAAACCACUUAAUAUGUUUUUUGAAAGUGUGAAAUCAGAACUUAGAAAUGGAUCUUCACAAUAUUCUGAUAUUUCUGAUUCAGAGGAAUCUGGGCCUGAUUGCACUGUUCAGAAAAAUGAUUUUACCAGGGAAGAGUCAGAAAACUCAGGUGAUGAAAAGAAGCAAAAGAUAUCUUCAAAUUUUAAGGAGGAAUCUGAAAUGACAGUGAACCCUUAUCAAACUAACAAGAAGCCAUCUAAAAGUGAAAUUCCAACUAAAAGGGAAUGUCCUACCUCGACCAGCACAGAGGAAGAAGCUAUUCAGGGCAUGCUGUCUAUGGCAGGAUUGCACUAUACCACCUGCUUAACAAGGCAGAUACAAAGCACAGACUACGCAGCUGAAAAAAGUUCUCUUCAGGAACACCACAGCUGCCAUAGGAGUAACCAUGAAGUCAGACAGUUGUAUCAGUCUCACAAGGCAGUGGAAUACGGUCAGCAUAUUAAGACAGAGGAACAAGAAUUGGGGUCUUCAUCCUGGGUUAGGCAACUUACAAAUUCCAGGUUUAAUCCUCAGGAUCCAGGUAAAGCCCAGAAACAUGUCAGAAAAGAAGGCUCACCGGAAUUCAGUCAGAAGGUUCAAAGUAGGAGUUACAUGGAGAGCAGUGGUUCGAGCCUCCAAAAUGGGAAGUGUGUGCAGAAUUCAAGCUUUGCGCCAGGCACAUGCCAGAUGAACAAUGGCAGCUUUAGCCCAGAAAGGUCUGGGGGUGAAACUUCCUUUUCAUUACCACUGCACCCAAUCAAGCGACCUGCAUCUAACCCACCGCCCAUCAGCAACCAGGCAACAAAAGGUAAACGUCCAAAGAAAGGAAUGGCAACCGCCAAGCAGCGGCUUGGGAAGAUCCUCAAGUUGAACAGAAAUGGCCACGCACGCUUCUUUGUGUGAUGGUAGCUCACCUUUGGAGACCAGUAUUGAGGGCAAUGGGGCCUGGAGCUUCUGCUGUUCCUCUGCUUGAAGCAGACUCGCAUGUACAAUAUAAAACACUGCCUGAAGAACAAAAUGAACCUGAUGCUGCAUUUUCACUGUGCCACACCCACUGAGCAAUAACCAUUGUGGACCUGGUGGGGGGAGGAUGAAGGAGGGGAGAAUUUUAAGAGAGACCAGGAACUAGGUUUGGUCUCUUGUCAGGGCUUGAGUAUCAUUUUGUUGUUGGUAGUGUCUUGACUUAUUUUCAGUGAUAGGGUAAAGAAAGUUAUCGAUAAUUUAUUUAACAGAUUUUUAAAAAAAAGUUAAUGGCUUUUAAAUUCUUUCUUUUUUAAGCUAUUUAUUUGGAAGACUGGUGGGGAAGUAUCUCACUAAUUUAGAUUUAAGAAUGUGAAGGUUUUUAAAUUAUUUUUGAUAGCAUGAGUUACGUGUGGUGAAGAGCCAUAGUAACAGUAAUUUGUCUGAACUCUUAAAAUUUGAAAUUCAGGUUAAAGUCUUAAACAGGGAUUUGAUGCAUUAAUUAUUUUAAAUUAAGAUGUAUAUGAAAUUCAUUUUAUUUUAUAUAUUUUGUGUUUUUUUUUUUUAAAUAAGCUAUUAGCUUGACUUUUUCUAACUUACAAGUUGCAUAUUGUCAUCCAGGUUAGUUUACCUUAUUCCAUCUUCUCUCUCUGCUAUCCAUUGUUUUGUGACAACCCAACAAGAAUCUUUGUUUUACAGGGAAACAACUUCAAUACCCAAGGCUUUAAAGAAAGAAAGAAGGAAAGACAAACCUUGCUCCUCCAAAAAAGCCCAAAAACCAAAACCCUCUUUCUCACUUUGACAAUUGUGAUUUUCUACUUAGGUAGAAAAACAAAAAUAGACAUCUUGAAUUUUCAUUUGUGCAUUUGAUGUUGUCCCAAAGAAAAUUGCUUUUUAAUAUCUUCCCUCUUUGUUCAGAAAAGAACCACAUGAUUGGUGUAAUUUAGUCGUGUUAGUAUUUGUUUAAAUACAUUUAUAGCUACAGUGGGUUCCUUUUGUAAUUUUAUUGCAGGGUGGGGGUGGGUGAAGGGGAGAAGAAGAGGGAGUCAGGAAUAACACCUUCCUUAUAGGCUAUUCUAACAAGUUUUUUAAAAUAUUAUAUCCUAACUCUUUGGAGGGGGAGGGUAUGAUUUGACCUGCAAUGUAUAUAAAGCUAUAUUAUUAAGACCUGUCAUAAUAGGCUUCUAAUAUAUUAAGUUGUAGAGGAGCCAAAGGGUAUUGAAGAAGUAGGGUUGAUUGUUUAAUCUUGAAACCUUUUAGGAUUUAGUUUGGGCCUGAGUUUGAGAUAAAGUGGAUGCUUCCUGCAGCUUACUCCUUCUUGACUUAGCUAAUACAUAAAGAAGAUGAGACUUAUUUUUAAAGUAAGCAUUUGUCUGCUUUAUACACACUUCUUACUGACUGCCAAUUUUCAGUUGCUUGUUAAUAGCUUAUAUUUUUCAAUUGAGUUUUUUAGUAACAAUUUGAAUACUGAAUUUCUGGGGUUGGAGUGGAAAAGUAGCUGUUCUUGAUUCUGACAAAAAGGGCAUUGUAUAUGUUCCAACCAAGAAUUUCAAGUCUAGGGAAAUGGGGUAGGCUUUAUUUUUAUGAUGAAGAACUAUGGCCAUAUCAGUGAUUUGUCUUACUUUCAUUCAGCGAACAGGCUGGACUUAGCUUUUUGUGCUGUAAUUUCUAUUGAUGAGCUAAAACAAGCAGAUCUAUGUCUCCUUCCAGAUUUACCCCUACGUUUUCAGAAGAGGACCAGUUCUUUUAUCCCAUCAUCCCAUCUUCCUUCCAAAGUUUGAAGGAGUAAAUUGUAAACAGGUGAUGAGUUUGCCUUCCUUGGUUAUUCCAAGUUCUGGUUGUCAGGGAGAAGACUCUAUCAAAUAUGGGAUACCUAUGAAGAGCUCAUUUAAGUUAUGUCCACACUAUGCCAAAACAGCUAGAUGAGAACUGAAUUCUUCAUCAAGCCAACUGGUUGAUUAUUCUUUCUACAUGAUGCCAAAAAACUGGUUUGACUGAUCUUUUCUCCCACUGAAAUGAAGUAGUAUUUUGGUUUUGUGUUUUAGUGUCAGGGAUAGAUUACAAAUAGAUUAUUGGACAGUGUUUUAGUGUCAGGGAUAGAUUACAAAUAGAUUAUUGCCUGUCAAGAAGUAACUUUAAAACUGAUUUUUAAAAAACAGGUGUGUACUGAUCUAAUUUGUAUCUGCAGUUAUAGGUAUUUGUAGCUGCCUAACUUUAUUUUCUUUAGCCAGAUAGCCUAAAAACAAACAGAAUUAUUUUCUAGAUUAACACAUGUCCUAUAUUGAACCUUUAUAUACUUUGAUUAUGAGUAAAUAACUAUAAGUAGCCAGCAUGUAAAUUGUGAAAAUGAACUUCACUUAAUAGAAUCAAAUUACCAUCCCCAACAUAAUUCCAACAACCAGAUAAUUUCAUUAAAAAGAUUCCUCUAAAUAACCACUGCGGCUGAAAUGGGAAUUGUAUGUUUCUGAAUCAGGGGAACCAUAGCUAUAGUUCUGUUGACUUCCUACUCAAGUCCCUUAGGGACACUGAGUCUUGCCAAGGUGUUUUGGUCUUUCAUGCUUAGAUCUGAAGGAGAUAUUGUAUUUAUAGCUAGUGCUUGAAGUCUCUCCUUCUAAGAAGUGAGGAGUUCUAGCACAGAGAUAGUCCUUGCUCAAGCACCUCUUCUAAGAGAUAACUAAGAAAAUUAGAUUUUGUGAGACCAUCCCAUUAUCUCCCCUUUAAUUAGACAGAACCAGUGGAUCAUCUUCAACAGCCCCUCUUGCACAACUGUCUUUAAAACUUUCAUUUCUGGUGGGAAAAACAUGUUAUGAUUUCUUAAAGCACUGCUUUUACAAAUAAUUCAUGGAGACUAUGAUAGACUCAGCAAGUUUUGGGGCAAUUAACUAGCCAUAAGCAAAGGGCUCAAGGCUUCCCAAAUUUAAAAUCAUGAUUUUAGAUAGUCAAUUUUUAUGUAAUAAUAGACAAUGUUUUGAGUUUUCUCGUGGAUGGUUUUUACUUCUGUUAAGAUUAUAUUAAGUAAUUCUAGACCAUGAAGUAAUGGUUAAUAACCAAACAACAGAUAAUAUAGUAAAAUCUACAACUUUGAAAUGCUCCAAUUUUUUGGAAAUCGUUUUGAAAAUAUUUCUUUGAUCAGUAUCAUUUAGAGUAUUAUAUGCAAAGAAGGAAUUUCUAAUCCAUAGCUGCCUAUUUUUAUACAUAAAGGUAAAACCAUUCAUAUUUAUCAUUAGUUGGAUAUUUAGUUUGAUUCUAAAUCUGAGACUGUCAAAAACAACUACAAUAAUCAGUUCCCUAACAAAUGUUAGUUUGCACCAAAUGAGAAGGUAUUUGUCAAGACACUGAUUGUGUACUUCAUGUGUGCACUCUGAGGUGGGAAGGAAAGAGUAUAAAAGAAGGAGAAACCACAGUUCUGUCUUGGAGUGUGUCUCUAUAUUGAGCAUUUUUCACUUUUCGGUUUGCUGAAAUGAAAGAGUCCAUGGGAAAAGUACAGCACAGUUUUAUUAACUUAAUCUGAGACAGACCACUGUAGAAUGAAAAAAAACAAACCCAGAAAUACUUGAAAUAGGAACUAUGAAAAAUUGAUCAUUUUAAUGUUUGUAACUUGAAGCUGAUGAAAAAAAUUGCUAUUUUUAUGAAUAGACACAUUUUUACUAUAGCAUAAAAACCUUUAAAAAGUGAAAAUAAUGCAGAUCAUAAUAUUUAUUUCCCGAUGGGAAACUCAUUACCCAUUUUACUAGAAAGAAUUCUGCUAAAGCAAGAGACUGAAUACAAAGAGAUAGUUACAGUUCUUAAAGUAAGAUGGUUUAUGUGUCAGUGAAAUAGGAAAGUGAUAAUAUUUGCCCUAUGAAUAAUGAGGUAAUUUAAAAAUCUUAACAGGUACUAGGAUGUUUAUACUCAGUUGGGGGAGUGGGUUUAAGAGGAGGUUGGGGUAGGAAGGAGAGAGAAGUUGGAUUUUUGCUGAUUGAAAAAUAUAGAUGUAAUUAAACAGGUUUAAUAAAAUAACUUCUUAAGAAGAAAUGGAUUAUCAUCAUGCCACCCCCACCUCUCAGGUGAAAGUAAUACUGUGACUUUAGUUAAGGAAAUUAGUAAAAACAAGGAUGUUGAGAAUUUAAAAGGAUUAUUAGUAAAGAUAGUUCUGUCAGAUCCUAAUAAAGUUAAAAUCUGUUUUAGUGAGGAAGAAUAAAUUUUAUUAAAUCUCUGCACAUUUAAAAAAAAUAAUCAACCUCCCCCCCUCCCCUUUUUUCUGUGGUCUUAUCGAGGAUCUCUCCAUUUUGAUGAGUGUAUACUUAAUAAAAAUUGAUAGGAAGAAUUUUUUACUCCUUGUGUGAUCACCAAAAUUAGAACUCUCUCCAUGGAUGAAUAGCCUCAUUUUGAGGAGGUAAGGUUAACAAAAGUAUAAAUACGUGGGGAAAAGCCUGUGAAGUUCAUUUGUUACAGCAAACAUUGAGCCCGAAAGGAGAGUGACUCACUCUGGGAUUUCACUGAAUUCUAGAUUUUAGACUUGGGACACAGUAGAAGAGUAUGUGGUAGAGCUGCCCUGCCUUCAAAAUGAUUAUUUCCCUUUUACAGAUGAAGCAACUGAAAACAGAGAAUCCCUCCCCUCACCCCCUACCCCCAGCCACAUAUAGCUAGUUAAAUACAUUAAUAAUAGAGAUUAGAAGUUUCCUUCCUUCUACAGUGUUCCUUCCAUUAUACCGUGAUGUAUUAGCUGUUUGUUUUUUAUUGUAUUGAUUUGGUUACUGGAAACUAGAAGGAGGAGUAAGAGAAGCAUUAUUGUAUCAUGGUAUCACGAUUGAGAUUUUAACAAAAGGGUAAAUUGAGGCAGAUCUCUGAACAAGAUAACAUUUGUUAGCAGUGGCAUGCUACCUAUCAAUAAUUGGAUCCAUGGCUUCUCUCCUUUAAUGCCAAAGACUGAGCAAAAGGACAGUUCCUCUUUUAUAGGGUUUGGGGAGUACAGAACAAGAAACAGAGCAGGCUAGGGAACAUUAUGGAAUUAAAGGCAACAUAAUUGGUUACAGAGCUCAAGUAUGGGAAACAACAUGAUUGGUUGGAAGUUUGGUAAUGGGGGCUAGCAACUAUCCCCCCUUCUCUUGUGAGACCAAGAAGUGUUUUUUGUUGAAGUCCCGGUGCGAGAUCUUGGCCCAAGACUUUUAGACAGCAGAUAUCCUUGAAGGAUACCUUGGUGGUGUAAAGAUAGCAGGCCCAAAUUCCCCUUCUGUUCACAUGCAUUUUCCAAGCCAGUUAAAUUCCUUGAGGCAAGACAUGUGGAUUUUUAAACUUAGCCCAUUACAGGCCUCCUGAACUCUGAACUAAGUUCAAAGACAAAGAACCAUGACUUAAGCAGUUACAGGACAAAAGCAGAGGGCAAAAUCAAUUACUUGUAAAUAGGAUCAAUAAGAAAAUGGUACAGGAUCAAUUUUAAUUGUCUCAAUCAUUAUAGUUAGGGGACUGAGCCUAACCGAAAUAGAGAAAUGAUUACGUUUUUUCAUAAGGUUUCCUUUUUUAUUUUAGUAGGGAUAUGCUGUUAAAUAUCAAAACAUUGGUGUACUUAUGUAAAAAAAAGAUCUUUAACAUGGCUAAAAAACAGUAAUAGCCCUAACAACAUCAAUAACCCUAUCGCUAAAGCAAUUUGCUUAUUGUGGUUAACUGUGGUUAUACUUGUAUAUUCUCCCCCAUCUUCUUUCUUGAACCUUGUCCCCUUCCUAAGUUGCCUAAGAAUUUGUGUCUUAAUAAGGAAAAGGUGAAAAUGAGGGUAAAACCUCUCAGAAACCAGUAGCACUGAAUCUUCCAGCAAGUUUUUCUUCUGCACUACUUUCCUAAUAAAUCCUGGCUACUAGGUAGCCUUUGAUGACCUCCAAGUAGUUUACCUAUGCAACUUGUCAUAUCCCAUUCAUUCAUUCUUUUUUUCUCUGCUACUUCAGGAAGAAGUUCCCAGGGGAGGGAGAUUUUCUGUGUAAAUUUUACCUUCUCCUGGUUUUAUUUCAGCCACUUUUCUUCAUAAGUUUCAGCUUUCCUCAAGCUAUAUUUGACUAGAACACAGUGAGUUACAGUAAUGGUUUUGUAGGAAUAAAAUCACCCAGAAAUAAUUUUCAUCUUUGUUUGGCAGAUUUUAUAGGGGAACUCCCAGCAGUAAGUCUAAUAUCUACUAAGGAGUCACUUCCCUUGCCUGAAUACUUAUCCCUCUCUAAUAAUACUAAUUUUAGAAAUCAACCCUUCUUUAUUUAUUUAAGAUACUUACACAUUACUUCCACAUCCUAUAAUCAGGGGCCUGAGUGUAACUCAUUACAUGAACCCUAGAGCUGUUUUAUCUUUCAGAAGAAACUUAAACCAAACUAAGGGCCUUACAGUUUAAGGUGAGGCUGGAUUAAAAGCUGCAAUCUCAUUUUCCCCCAAAAAGAAGUUCUGAGAGAAGUACGUCACAAAUCAUGCAGCAGUUUGGUGGGAUGUCACAGCAUGCAUCAGGAAAUGCAUCUGCAUCUUUGCAGUCGUAUUUCCUUUGGAAAAGACUUUUCUACUUUUAAUAUGAAUUAAGCCAUAAUAAUUUCAUGCUGUGGAACGAGAGUGGAGAGCUUCACUUUAAGAGAUUAUAUAAUACAAAUUUUCACAUUUACUGUGAAAUGACUUGACUUUGCCAGUGCUUCAGCAGGUUUUGUGGUGAUAUUUUGGAGGGGGAAAUGUGAUGUUUUGUUUUUUAAUCUGUGAAAUUUUAAAAGGGGACAGUUGUUGGCUAUGGUAUUUACUAGUUUUGUAGUAAUGUUUUGCUAACCUGACUGCCUUUUCUUCCCCCAAUGAUUUUUUUAUGGUCCAAGUUGACUCUUGCUAUUCUUUCUUACUUUGGAUGUCUCUGGGGUAGUAUCUUGUCUAUUUGUAUAGGUUGUCAGUGUGUGUGCACAGGGUGUGUCCUUUUGUUACAGAAACACACUGGGUUGCAAUUGGGUGUUUGGCUGGGAAAUGGGAUGCUGAAGUGUGAAGAGCGUUUUUUUCAAUUCAUAACAGUAUUUCCCAUCUUUUGCCUGCAGGCAGGGAAAGUGUAUGUACAGUAUUUAUUUUGUUUCUAUUUUACUUUAAAUGUGUAAGUUUUGAAGUAGCUUACGUUGGUCAUAGGGAAGGACAAGUGACUUGUUUGAAUUUGUAUUUGGUAUUCAUACUUUCCAAUUUCUGUACUUUUAAGAUAUGGAGAUUAAAAUUGGUAUUACUUUUUGUUUUGAUUUUAGCACGCCAGUGUAAUUCUUUUGUUGUUUAUUUUGUUUGAAAGUAUAAAUGCUGAAAGCUGUAUAAAGUGUGACUUUGGAAGAAAAAAUUCUGAAUUCUCUUUCCAGUUCUGACUGUGCCCCUUUACUGUCUCCUGACUCAUGAGAAUGAAUAUUCUUCAGAGUUGUGGGAAGUGACCAUAAACAUAUAUAUCUUACUAUUUCUGAAGAUUGAAAAUUGAGAUUUUAAAAA